AUGUCUUCCCAAAACGAUCCCAAAGAUCUCGCAACUUGGACUGCCGACGUCGGCAACGCCUCUGAGUCCGACAAGCGGAUCAGACCAUGGGAGGCUGUUAUUGAGGCCAGCAAGGCCGAAGACAACGCAGGGGGCGAUGUCAUCGACCUCGAAGCCAACCCUUCUGGCGCCUGCGAUAUUAGUGUUUCUGCAUAA